UCCGUCCAGGGUCUCGUCGCAUACACACUGAGCUUUGGACUGACACAGGCAGAUAAGUCGAGGCAUCUAGUAUUUAACUCUCUCAUCCUCCCAUCUUGGUCCAACCCGUCAUGACCAUUCCGAUCCAACAAUUGCUCAGACUCACAUCUGCUAUAUAAUACCAAUCGACAUCUCAUCCCAAUCAUCCAUCUUCAUCUUUACUCUUCAAGUCAAAGCAGAGCCUCUUUUACUUUCUUCCCAAGGCCGGCUUUGCUCAGCACCCCUCCAACAGUCAUAUCGGCUCUUAUCUCUCUACUACACAACAUCAUCAACACAUCAACACAUCACACAAUGGCCAUGUACGCCAUCUCACAACAACACCCCUACGCCUACGCUGCAGUUGCAGCACCGGCUCCUCCACCUCCCAGGCACUGCUCAAACCACGGCACCAGCAGUGCUUUCAGCAGCUCUGCCCACCCUGACGAGGAUUGGACCAAGAUCUCAGAUCUUGCCGAGCGCAGGAGGAUACAGAACCGCAUCGCUCAGCGCAAUUACCGCAAGAAGCUUAAGCGCCGUCUGGAGGACCUUGAGCGCCGCGCUGGAUCCGAAGAGGGCGAUGCUGAGAAGCAGCCUUCGCCAGUGCAGUCCAACACCAGCCCCAACAAGAUCACCAAGCGCCAGUCAAUCUCCAAGGCACACAAGGCCCACCAGCCUGCUCCCGUCCGCCUGCCGACUCCUCCCAAGGCCAUCGUGUCUCAGGGUCAAUUCACUCCUCCCAUGGAGUCGCACGAGGAGCUUGCCUUUGCCCCUCCCGCCUACCACCACCACGACGAGCGCGAGCGCUCCAACACGCCGCCCGUCUUCUCCUACACAACCUACCCGGCUCCCGAUGAGCUGCUCAUCAACCCUUACGGAUCUGCUCACGCCUAUCCCACCAUGACCACCGCUGAGGCAUACCCCAACUACCUGACGGCCACCGCCAUGCCUGCUUCGCUGCCUCCUCUGGGACACUACAGCGAGCCCAUCAAGCGGGAUCUGUAUCCCGACAACGUCAUCAGCCCCUACAUUGGCUAUGGCUUCAUGCCCACUCACGACAUGGGCAUGCCCACUCCCUACGACCCAUCCAACCCUCUGACUCCUCCUCUGUCGCACUCAUACGACCACUCGGCUGCCUGCUCUGAGACGGGCUUCGAGUACCCUACAACCCCGCUGUCCAUGCCCGGAUCUCCGGCCAUGAUGCAGCACCAGCAUUAAAUGGAAGCAAAAAA